AUGCCUCCCAAACGCAAAGUUAGCGGUCCCGUAGUCAAGCCGCAGCAGUCGACGCUUGCGUUCCACGGCUCGUCGAACAAGGUCACCAAGUCGGGCAUCAAAGCACCGGGCGCAAAGCAAAACAUACUCGAAGCAAAGACGAAGGAUUUGGAGCCAGAAACUGUUGAAAUAUCAAAUACCGAGCCUACAACCAUCGAAGCUGCCAUAAUCGAGCAAACAGAGCAGGAGGUCAAGGCGCAGCAAGCAGAGAGCACACGGGAGGAAGAUGGAGCGCGGCGCAUAUCCGAUGCAGCCAUCAAAAAAUACUGGGCCGCGAAAGAGAAGCAGAGGCUAGCGCCCAGAGUGCACCAGGAAGAUGUGAAGCUUCACGACAAGGUGCUUCGGGAGUUCGACAUGAGCGCCCACUAUGGCCCAUGCACAGGAAUCGCUCGAUUGAAGCGUUGGAAGCGCGCGCAACGGCUCAAUCUCGACCCACCGAUCGAAGUGCUCGCGGUUCUGUUGAGGGAGCAGGAUGCUUCGGAUGACAAGGACUUGGAUAAGAUGGCUAGUCAGCGGUCGGUCGUGGACGAGCUGCUGAAUGCGAAGGCCGAGAUGGAUGUAUGA